ACCGUCUUCGCAGUUUGAAGUUUUAUAUAAGAAGCCUUAAGCAUCAAAUAGUAAAAUUCAGUGAAAAGUGAAAAAAGCAGCACUGUCCAGAAAGAAAAUGACUAAACUUUACGUGAUUGCGUUACUGUCCAUGACAGUUGCAAUCUGCAGGGCCUUGGAAGUGAUAACCGAACCCAAAAGCUCAAUAGUUUCCGAAGGUCAACGGAAUGUGAAUCUGCUGUGCAAGGUACCUGGCGGUCAACCGAUCGAUUUUUGCAUUGUCAAAGUUCCUGGAGUGCGAGCUCCUUUUGCCAGCAGUGAUCGUCUGCCAGCUCCAGUGCAGGGGAUCACGUUCUACGGAGAAGGCUGGAGUCGAGGGUCAUGUGGGGUGACCUUGGCCAGUAUUGUCCCGGAAUAUGGCGGGACGUUUGAGUGUACGGUUUCCAUCAGUGGGCAGUCCUACAAGGGAUCGAUCGAUAUCGUGAUAGAAGGUGAAGUUGCUCCUGAACCUCCCGUGAUCGAGGUGUCCAGCAACGUUGACGCUCGGGAUAAUGAAUUCGACUACGGAAAGCCGUUGAUCGUUAGAUGUAUUUCCCGGGGCGGUUGGCCAGGUGCCAAGCUGUCUUGGUAUUUGGAUGGCACUCCUAUCACAAACGAAUUGGGGGCGGCCUUUUCCGAAACGAAGGAUCGCCGAACGACCGUUCAACAGUUUUUCCGCAAACCAAUCGCAGUAGAGGACAACCGAAAGCGAUUGAUUUGCCGGGCAGAACAUGGUUCCUACCCGAAUGGAUACAUGGAAACUGAGCUUCCGAUAAAGCUCCGAAGAUCCAACAGCAACGACAAUGAGAUCACGAGUGGUGAUCUGAAAGAGGGUCCGAUCAAGCCACGGCCACCGCAGCUGUUGGUUUCUAGUGACAUCAAAACUAACAACGGUGCUUUCAAAAUCGGCUCUGAGAUGGUGGCAAAUUGCGUUUCAAGUGAUGGCAGACCGGCGGCUACAUUCCUGUGGUUUUUGGAUGAUGUACUUAUUUACGAGGGCCUCUCGACACCAUACAUGUCCAGAAGCAACAAGGGAACUAUCGAAACACAGCAGGUCCUGCAACGAACAGUGCUAGAAAGCGACAAUGGCAAGAGUCUAAUUUGCAAAGCUCGACACCCGACCGGUGUAACAGAGACGCGACUAAAAAUAGUGACAUUCAGAUGAGCUCUUUUAUGAUAGUGAGACGAAGUUUUUUUAUGAUUAAUAAAAAAAGUCCGGUUAAAUAGACAAAACUACUGGUUUCCGUGUUGUUUUGGCUUGUUGGUUUUGUUUGUUUUGGUUUUGGGUUGAUACUUCGACCGUGCUUAAUUCGACAUAUUAAACCAUCA